GAAAAACACUCCGGCCCAGUAGGUGGUGGUAUGGAGUUUAAAAAAACACCACAGAAAUAUUUUGCGACAGCCGUAGUUUGUCACUCGGUAAAAGAUGGCGUCUGGUAGCGGGUCAAGUAAGAAUGACUUUCGUCGCAAGUGGGACAAAGAUGAGUACGAACAACUGGCUCAGAAACGGCUCACUGAGGAGAGGGAGAAGAAAGAUGGCAAACCUGUACCUCCAGUCAAGCGGGAGCUUUUGCGUCACAGAGACUACAAAGUGGACCUUGAGUCCAAACUGGGGAAGACCAUCGUCAUCACUAAGACGACUCCCCAGGCGGAGAUGGGAGGAUACUACUGUAAUGUCUGUGACUGCGUGGUGAAAGACUCGAUCAACUUCCUGGACCACAUCAAUGGCAAGAAACACCAGAGGAACCUGGGCAUGUCGAUGCGGGUGGAGCGCUCCUCGCUGGACCAGGUCAAGAAACGUUUUGAGGUCAACAAGAAGAAGAUGGAGGAGAAGCAGAAGGAGUACGACUUCGAAGAGCGCAUGAAGGAGCUCCGGGAGGAGGAGGAGAAGGCCAAGGCUUACAAGAAGGAGAAGCAGAGGGAGAGGAAGAGGCGGGCAGAGGAGGAUGUGGACUUUGAGGAGGACGAUGAGAUGGCGGCGGUCAUGGGUUUCUCAGGGUUUGGCUCCUCAAAGAAAAGCCACUGAUGGAGCCCGGCAGGACUGUCAGCCGGGGAGCCCGGCGGUAAUGACACACCAAUUCCACCUCCAGGGCAGGAAAGCGGCCUCUGUUUUGUAUCCUGGUCACAGCGGCUGACAUCCCCUGCAGUUCACCAGCCACUUUCUCCAUUUUACCCGUCAACUAGCAUUUUAGACGAGAGUAGGACUCCACAUGAUGGUUGGAAUGUGCCAGAAGGGGCUGGCAGACUAACUCACAGCCACAAUUUCCCAGAAUGUGGCUGAUGCCUGCUGGUUAUUUCCUCCCCUGACAACUUGCUCAUUGCUGAUGCUGGUUGAGAAUGCGAAGCCUCUCAGCUGAUAUCAAGCCCUGAUCCCAUUAACAUCUUGUACAACCUUAGGUUUGUGUUCAUGCAACUCCCACUGCUUUUUCCUUUAGAGAUACAGCAUUCUUCUUUGCGUAGAUUCUUAUUUUCCACAUAUCACACAUGGCUCUUGGUAUCUGAUUACAUUAUAUGGGUGGGGGUGGGGGGUGGGGGGUUCACCAGUAUCGGCACAUCACAGUUCCUGUCCCAUGUCUCAUUCCAUGAGGUUCUUUUGCAUUGUUUUGCCCUCUGCUGGAUCAUGUUUUCAGAUAAAUCCCACCAUUGCAUCUCGCCAUGUGCAGAAACAGCAGAACGGAUCGUCCACAGAUUUCUCUCACAACAUAUAAAAAUAUUAAACGGAUACCUUGACAUUCUGACCUCUAUCCUAUGCUUUUUAGUGUUCCUGCAGCCAGCCAAUUGUUACCAUUCCUUCUUGGAAAAAAUAACACAUAACACCAAUUUGUCAUCUUAUUCAUGGGAAGACUCUUGUUUUGGGGUGUUUAUGUGACGCUGACACAAUAAAGCAGGAGUAGAGCCACUUUUAACACUAAGAAAAAAUAGAGUGGCUGUUGUGAUGAUCAAGAGGCUCUUUGGGAGAACAAAAUGCUGCCCAAACAGACUCUUUGUCAUCCUUCUGGGUCCUAUUUGUUUCAGUGUGUAAUAGCAAUAGCUUACUAUUAAAAGGCUUAUAUAGUUGGUGAACACCAUACGUAGAGACCCUCUGCCCUUCACUGCAAUGCCUAGUGGGGGGAAAGAUGAAACUGCUUAAAUACCAAGCUGUCUUCUCAUGUGAAGGUUGUAAAAGCUUACUCUGCUUCAGAGGGGCUAAAGUCAGGGCUAUCCCACCUGAAAAUGGACAGGGAAGCCUUGGUUAGCCCUGACGUUGGUAUGCUGUUUGCCCUGGGCGAAAUCCAGCCUGAAAUCAGCUGGACUAUGAGGUGACACUGCCCUGUCCUUCAGUUUACUUCUUAAGUUUCUCUUGAAGUCCUCCGUCUUAAGUAUGCAUCUGUCUUUUUGUUUCCUUUUUCAUUUUGAUAUAACACAAAGACAAACCAUUUAAUAAUUUACUGGAGCUUUUACCGGAGGUUUUUGUGUUUGUUUUUAACAAACUGCUUUGGAACUAUUUUUCUUUUAAGGCUCAUUUCCUUUGACACUUAAUGGCCUUGAUUUAUGUAUUUCAGAAAAUUCAGGUGUAGUGUUUCUCUAUGAUUUUUUCCAAAUUCUUUUAACCUGUUCUGAUGUGGAUGUAUUAUGAUGAUAAAUGUCCUCAUUCUCAACAAUGCCCUCUACCCUUGCAUGGGGGAAGCGUCUGGUUUUAUUUGAUUUGAUUAUUUUUCAGCUCGUCUGUCACGGUUCUGUCCUUGCUGGUGGUGGCCUGUGAAAGAAACAGCCACUGAUUGUGUUUCUUAUUUCUUGACUAACAGUCGCAAUAUGGGAUGUACAGUAUCUGUUGAAGAGAACAUUUUUUUUUUUUUUUUUUUUAAUUUGUGAACCCUGUUAGAAUUUUCUUUAUUUCUACAUAAAUAAUGACCAAAAAUGUGAUCAGAUUUUCACACUGAAAGUCCUAAAAGUAGAUAAAGGCAACCAAAUUAAACGACUCAAAAAUGUUCAACUUAUUCAUGUAUUAAUUGGGAAAAUUAAUUUGUGUGGGGCAAAAGUAUGUGAAGCUCUGUGCUAAUGACUUCUCCAAAUGCCAUUGGAGUCUUCAGCUGUUUCAAUUUAGGUGAUGAGACUGGAAGUGUGUGUUGUAGAGGUGUGUCCUGCCUGCAUACACACACUUGGCUUACUGGCAGUUUGGUUGGUGUGAACGUGCCUCCAACACAAAAACUCUCACAGAAACUACUCAAAUUAGAGUAUGUGAGAUACUUUUAAAAACAUCAGUCAUGCAUAAUUCAUGAAAUUAUUAGCCAAUGCUAUAAUAAGUUCAA